UUCGCCACACAAUCAUAAUCAUCAUGAUGCCUCAUUCUAUAAUGAGAAAUGUAUGCUAUUUUGUGCUACUAAAUCUUGUAAUUUUCCAAUUUGGUGGCGUUGUCAAUGCAUCACAAGUUCACUGUUUCUUCAUUUUCGGAGAUUCAUUGGUCGACAACGGCAACAACAAUUACCUCAACACAACCGCCAAGGUCAAUUACUCCCCUUACGGCAUUGAUUUCCCGGCCGGCCCCACCGGCAGAUUCACCAACGGCCGAAAUACCGCAGAUUUCCUCGCUGAACUACUGGAGAUAGACAAACCCCUUCCCCCAUACGCCAACGCCACGGAUUGGGACAGAAUCAACGGCGUCAACUUUGGCUCGGGUGGAGCCGGAAUUCUUGAUGAAUCCGGGCAACACUUCGGAGAUGUGUUGACUAUGAGCGAGCAACUGUCGAAUCAUGAGGCCAUAGUUACGAGAUUGGGCGAAAUGUUUGGAGACAUAAAAUUAAGCUUGCAACAUCUUAGCAACUGUACAUACUACGUGGGAAUGGGCAACAACGACUACCUUGGCAACUAUCUCCCCAAAUACUACGCCUCCACCACUAAAUACUCUCCCAAACAGUUUGCUUCUCUCGCCAUCGCACAAUACUCUAACCACCUUCUUAGGCUAUACAAGAACGGCGGGAGGAAAGUGGCCGUGAACGGACUCGGAAAAUUAGGGUGCGUUCCGCAGCAGACGGCCAAGUACCCUGUCUCGCCGGUGACAGGGUGCGUGGAGACGAGCAACGCGGCCGUCGAGAUCUUCAACGAGAAACUCAAGAAAUUAAUAAAAACGUUGAAUCUCCUCCCAGAUGCCAGAUUCCUGUACGUCAGUGAAAUCACGGACAACCCGUCGUACGGCAAUAUAACGGUGGUCGGAAAACCAUGUUGCGAGGUGUCGGGGGAUGCGCUAGGGCACUGUGUUGAGGGAAGCACGCCUUGCAGCAACAGAGAUGAAUACUAUUUCUGGGAUUCAUUCCAUCCAACUGAGGCUGCCACUUCCUUGUCCGCAAAGAUUAUCUACGAUGCUAUGGCGCCAUUAUUGCAGACUACAAUUGCUGCUGCUACCCCUCUUGUUGAUGUUUCCUGAUCAAGGAUUUUCUUUAUGAUUUUGAACAUUUGUUUGUUCAAUGCUGUAAAAAUGCAGUUAUGUUUGGAUUUUGUUCCAUCAAUAAAAAUGCAUUUGGGACCCGACCCAUCAUCUAAAA